UGACUAAGAGUGUGCACAAAGAAACUUCUUUCCUCUUAUACUCUGCGUACGACUGUUCAAACUGAAACUACGUCCAGCGUUGGCUGCACGGCGAGCGAGCUGUGAUCCAGACGGGCUGUGGUUCCGUUUAGGGGCCAGCGUCCGCCUUGGAACAAAUUAAUGGACGCCGCGUGUGAAUCGCAAGAAAUCAACACGACACACCCUUGUAUUAAACAGCGAAUUAACCUGUACAUUACGUUAAAGUGUUGGUAGCAUUAUGAGAUCGCCUGGGUGGAAAAGCGAAUGCUUCACACACGCUCGUCGUCAUUAGACCGUAGCUCUAACGACUCGAUAGCUCGCAGCUUAAUGGGAUACAUCCCCCUCUGUCCUGACGAUCAAUACGAGAUGGCAGACGGCAGCGCAGAAUGUGAACAGAAGUCGGCCCACUCUAGCAAUGGUAGCAUCACAGCAGAGAAAUCAGAUGAUUUAGACACAAGAAGCACCUCUGGAAAAAACAGAAUCGAUGCCACUAAUACUUUGUGGCUGCCUAUAAAAAAUAUUAACCAGUACAUUACUUGUGGCAUCUGUUAUGGAUAUCUCUAUGAAGCUUCUACAGUUACAGAAUGCAUGCAUUCCUUUUGCAAAAACUGCAUUGUCAGGCAUGUAGAACGCAGCCUUCACUGUCCCACUUGUCACAUCUUAAUCCAUCCCACAGACCCUUUUGUUCAUAUCAGACUUGAUAGGCUUCUUCAGGACAUUGUGUAUGGACUUUUACCACAUCUUGCAGAAGACGAGCUUGCAAAGAAAAAGAAGUUUUAUGCAGAUUGCGCUUCUGAUUCAAGAGCGUCGCCUGUAAAGCCUGUGAAAUCUCCAGAAAAUACAAAGACUGCUGGUUGUGGCAUGCCACAACCAGCAUCAAGUAAAAGUGGAGUGGUUCCUGUUGUCUCUCUUGUUCUUCAAUGCAGAUGCACUUCCUCACCAGAAAAGGUACUGGAGAAGAAGUUCAUCCGAGUUACAGGACUAGCAACUGUCCAAAAUCUUGUUUCGUUCCUGCGCAAGAAAUUACUUAUAGAGGAAGAACACAGGAUUGAUGUCUACUGUUGCUGUGGUGACAGCUAUAUCGUCUUAGAAACUGGCAACACUAUGCAGGUUUUAAAGGACAAAUACUUCAAAAAUGCAGAAUUUGUUCACUUGGAGUUUGACAUCAGCUAAAUCAUCUUCAGCAUGAAACACAGGAGCACUUGAAGAUUGUGUUUUUUUGAGUCAGAUUUAGCUUUUACAGAUUUAACUUCCAUGUUCAACCUUUUAUUGUUGGUUACCUUGACUUAGCCCAUUUUAAUGAUGGGAUAUCCAUUUGGUGCAUGGAGAAUAACGGUGCUGAACAUUUUAUGAGAUUCUUUGGUGGAAUCAAAAAGACUAUAAGGCUGAGUUGCCUUGAUGUUAUUACUUUGAAAAUGCUGAAAGGAUUCAGACAUUUACGCUAAGGAAAUAUUAAAGAAAUCCAUGCAUGAAUAUUCUUUUCUUAUGCAAUUUAUGUUAACUUUCAGUCAUAAAUGCCCUUAGCUGUUACUACUGAGGCAAUUGUUUCAUAAUAUCUUAAACUAUCCUGCACUGAAAGUAAUGUUGAUAAUAUGCGCUGAUGACACCCUUCAUUUAGACAUUUUCUUGCAGAGAAUGUGGAAUUGGUUGCAUAAGCAUUUCUACCUUCAUUUCCAUUCUUAAAAAUGUCUGCAAGAGGACAAAAAGGUUGAUUUUUUUUUUUUCUUUAAAAUGGAAGGAAAAACAAGAUAAAGACCACCAUUGCAGUCCACCCAUGGCUUAUUAAGCAUUUUGGCUUUUUCUUACAGUGAUUGUGAUAUACUUUCUCACUUAAAUUAUUUGAUUUUUACUUACAAGAGAUCUGCAUUUUUUAAAUAUACCCAAACAGCUUUUAAGUGAGAAGUUUCUUUUAUUUGUAUCAAUUUAUGACGAUUAAGUUGUAUAUCUAGCAACUUUGGUUUGAACGGUUCCCAAGGGAGAACAUGCAUGAGUGUAUGAUUUGAAAAAGAGGUUGUUUUGUUAAUGUGUACUCUGUGUGUGUGUGUGCAUGCAUUCACAUGUGAUUAUUUAAAACUUAAGAUGGGGUGAAAAAAACAUUGGUUUACGAUUUGAAUGCAUCAACAGAAAUAACUAAAGCUAAGAAAUCUUUGGAGUUAAUACUAUCACGUCCUUUUGAAAAAGACAUUUAAAGAUUUGAGGUCUUGACAUUGUUUAAUAUGCACAGUAGUAAAGAAAUAAUAAAUACCUACCUCAAGUGAAUGGCUUACAAAGACCUUGCAAUACAACUAAGAUAAUUUUACAUGGUCUGCAUUUUGUUGAAUUGUCUUCCCUUUAUCUCAAGUAUGCUUUAUUAUUAAAUCGUUGCUCUAACAAA